AUGUCAGAACAAACAAAUAAUGAACAAGGAGGAGGAGGAAGAGAUUUAUCAGGGUUGAUGGAUCAAAUCAAUGCAUUUCAAACACUAGCUCAAAGGAAUGAUGAAAUAGAUAUUGAAAGAAUCAAAUUUAUACUUAAACAUAGACCAACUCCUCCCAUAUCAGAUUAUCAAUUUCAAGAACUAACAGAAGAAGUUGAAAUAACAAAGAGAAAUAAAGAGAGAAUAGGUGAUUGUUCAGUAUGUUGUUGUGAAUUUGAUUUAGAAGACUUUGCAAUUAAACUACCAUGUAAACAUUAUUAUCAUUAUGAUUGUAUUACACAAUGGUUAAAAUUACAUUCAUCAUGUCCAAAUUGUAGAGAAAUAUUUGGGACUGAUGAUUAUGAAUAUGAUGAUAUGAGACGUCAUCUUGACAAUCAUGAAAAGAAACAAAAGAAUGGUGGUGAUCCAGAAGAACAAGAUGAAGAUAGAUCAAUACAAAAACAAAGAUCAACAAAUCAUUAUGUAUAA